GUGGCGCAAACUAGGGUUAGCGUUUGUUUUGUUGCACCGAACGUUAAUUCGCCUCCUCUGAAAGACCAUCCCUCAACUCCUUGAGAGCUAUCAAUCAAACAUGGCCGAACAGACUGAGAAGGCAUUUCUGAAGCAGCCCAAAGUGUUCAUCAGCUCGAAGAAAUCUGGGAAGGGGAAGAGACCUGGAAAGGGUGGAAACCGUUUCUGGAAGAGCGUUGGGCUUGGUUUCAAGACCCCCAGGGAAGCCAUUGAAGGGACUUAUAUUGAUAAGAAAUGCCCAUUCACUGGAAAUGUUUCUAUCAGGGGCCGUAUCUUGGCUGGCACUUGCCACAGUGCUAAGAUGAACAAAACAAUCAUCGUUCGACGGAAUUAUCUACAUUACAUCAAGAAAUACCAAAGGUAUGAGAAGAGACACUCAAACAUACCUGCGCAUGUGUCUCCAUGCUUCCGUGUGAAAGAAGGGGAUCAUGUUACAAUUGGACAGUGCAGGCCAUUGUCCAAGACUAAGAGGUUCAACGUCUUGAAGGUGACCCCUGCUGGAUCUUCUGGUGCUGGCAAGAAGGCUUUCACUGGAAUUUGAUUUGGUAUAUGAUUUUUGUGGUAGGCUUGUGCUGAAGGCAUUUUUGGUUUUGGCAAACUGAUUAUGUUAUAGACUUGAGGAGAUAUAGUAGCUUCCCCCUGUUCCCACCCACCUUCUUUUCCCCAUCGAUUUUUGAUGUAGUGGUUAAAUUUUGUGGUUUUGAAGAUCCGCAUGGUAUCAAAAUAGGCAUUUUUCAAUUCUGUUUCUCAAUCUAGGAUACUAAUAAUUUGCGUCAUCUAUAGUGUCCUUUGAGUUGAAAUGACUAGUGCACCUUG